GGCAAAAUCAAUGUUCCCUUCAUUCAUUUUUCCUCCUCGUUAUUUUCCUCUUUUUUGCUGUUUCUUUUUAAAAUUAUGUUCAAUCUUGAGUCAAGAGCCCUAUUUAGUUUGUACCCUCCCCUGUCGAGAAACACCGCUAUUGUUUGAUUAAUUUCCGCUUAUUUCGAGUCUUUUUUUGCUCGUUUAAUGGUUGUAAAAUACUUUAAUUUCAAAUUAGAGCCGAUAACACCAAGGCUUUUUAAGUUAUUGGAGCGCGCGAUAAAAUUGGUAUCCUGCGUUUAAUGUGCCCCCUAAUUGCACUAAAAUACAUCCAAUUUUCAGCAUGUUUUUACAGCCCCUUAUCGGAAUUUUAAUCAUUUAAUUCCACUUCGCUGAGAUCCAAUAAUCCAACUUUAAUUGAAAAUUCACUUCAUUUUGAACUCAUUUGAAUCAAUUCUACAAAGAUUCAUGCAAAAUGAUUUCCUUGCAAUGAUAUCCCACUUCCAAUUAUUUAAGUUUUUCUUUUUGCUUUUUGUGACCCCUGAGAAUGUGGCUGCUAUCUAUGGCAUUGCAAAUCCAUCCGACAACAAAACCACUCAGUUUCUGAACAACCUCCUCAAUGGUUAUGAUGGUCGCAUCCGUCCUAACUUCAAUGUGACCGCUGUCAAUGUCACUAUGUCGAUGCACGUGUUAUCAUUGGGAUCGAUAGCAGAAACCACCAUGGACUACAAGGUGACGGUGUUCCUCAGGCAAAUGUGGACAGACCCCCGCCUAGCCUACUCUCUCUUCAACACCUCCGAGGUCAGUCUGGAUCCCUCGUUCCUCAGGGAACUCUGGGUUCCAGACACCUUCAUAGUGAACGAGAAACACGCCAGCUUCCACGAAAUCACCAAGGAGAACAAGCUGGUCAAACUCAAGUCCAACGGAGAGAUCCUCUACUCCGUCAGGUUGAGUCUAACACUGAGCUGUCCAAUGCAGCUGCAGAGGUUUCCCAUGGACCACCAGAUAUGUGUGCUUCAACUAGAGAGCUAUGGAUUUGCGAUAGAAGAUGUAACAUUCGGUUGGAUCAAGCAGGAGAAAAAGAAGCCUCUCUCUAUGGAUGACUCCAUAAAUCUGCCACAGUACAAAAUCACGAAAACAGAGACGGUAGUUUGCACUCGCAACUACUCCACCGACGAACAUUCCACAAUCCACAUGCAAAUGAGUUGGGCUGCGGUCGAUCCGAUAGCCAUGGGCGGGGAGAUAUUUUUACCCCGGACUAUUUUGCUUCGCACUGACAUUGCCUACUGCAUUCGGCAGUACUCGACGGGGGCCUACCCGUGUUUGGAGGCGCAGUUCUACCUGAGCAGGGAAAUGGGCUACUACUUGAUCCAGACAUACAUCCCCAGCAUGCUCAUCGUCAUCCUCUCCUGGGUGUCCUUCUGGAUCUCGGCCGACGCCUCCCCCGCCCGAGUCGCUCUCGGGAUCACGACAGUACUCACCAUGACGACCCAGAGCUCGGGAGCGCUACAGUCACUGCCCAAGGUGUCUUACGUCAAAGCGAUUGAUCUCUGGAUGGCUGUGUGUCUUCUAUUCGUGUUCGCAGCUCUUAUCGAAUUCGCAGCAGUGAAUUACUUUAGCCGAAAGGCCAAGAAGAAGAAACUGAGAAAACUGCAGCUUCAGCAGGAGCAGGGAAUCUCCUCAGAACACAAUGGCAAGAGUGAUAACGUCAAAGGAUCCAUCGCGAUGUCAGGGAGACCGAAAUUCGGAAUCGCUAGGCUGAGAAUCAAUAGGAAAAACAAAAACAGAAAGUAUCAUACAGUGGAUAUAGUAAAUGAGCCACCACGGAAGACUUGCAACCACUUCAAAUACGUGUACGAGUCCAAACCCGACCCUGAGUUCAGACCCGACUACAACCAUCUGCCAAUCAUAGUCGGAUCCACAGCCAUCAAGUGUCUAGACUCCGACUCCGACUUCCAAGAUGACGUCACCAAUCAUUCUAGAAAUUUCUCAGUUGGACCAAAUGACAUGAGAAGUGACAUAGUAGGAGGUUGUCGCAGAGGCAGACACCAGCAGGUGCCUGGAAGCAAUCAGCCGCCAAUCCAGCAAGUAGAGGACACAGUGCCGAUUGACUCAGUUUGCCGAAUUGCAUUCCCAGUGACUUUUCUCAUCUUCAAUUGUUUCUACUGGGGAUACUUCGUCCCAAUAGGCGGCGGGGGCGAAGAGCAAGGCGCAAUGGAUUCUUAGACAAAAAACACUCGCUGAAAUUGAAACUAUGUAAAAAAAAUUUAUGAGGCUUCGUGCAAACGAAUUCACACUUCACCUUUUUAAAAUGAGUUAUUUAUGAAGUUUAGCUAAAACUCACCUCUUGUAAGAAUCUAAAAGCACCUCAAAAUCUUCUGAAAUUAGUGUAAAUGGUUUUGAUUGGAUGUAAUUGCUAUACACUGAAAUCAACAGCUGGCUGAAUGAUUUCACGGUAACUUAUUGCGACUUUUUGUAAAGUUUUUCACGUAGGUUCAACACAAAAUAAUUCUCACUUAGUAAUAAAUAAUGAAA